AUGGCCCAGACUUCCGACGGCAUAUCCAGCGAGCUUCGAGGCGAAAUCACCAGGUUCCUGUGGCCAAAGGAGGUGGAGUUACUGCUGAAAGCCUGGCUGCCUGAGCGGGAGGGUGCUGAGCAAAGUCAUAUCCUGGCACUGUUGCGAUGGAGAGCCUACCUGCUCCACACCUGCCUUCCCCUGAGGGUGGACUGCACAUUCAGCUACCUGGAGGUCCAGACCAUGGCGCUGCAGGAGACACCCCCUCAGGUCACCUUUGAGCUGGAAUCCCUGCCUGAGCUGGUCCUGGAGUUUCCUGGGGUGGCUGCCUUGCAGCAGCUCGCCCAGCACAUCACUGUGGCCAUCAAGAAGGUCUUCCCCCGGUCGGCCCUCAGAAAGCUAUUCCGGAGGCCCACACCCACCUCGAUGUUGGCUCAGCUGGAGAGAAGCAGCCUCUCAGAGGCCACCUCGCCUGGCAGCCCCUGUGGUGGCUUCUUGGAGACCUACGAGGCUCUGUGUGACUACAAUGGCUUCCCCUUCCGAGAAGAGAUUCAGUGGGACGUGGACGCCGUCUACCAUCGUCAGGGCUGCCGCCAUUUCAGCCUAGGAGACUUCAGCCACCUCAGUAGUCGGGACCUGGCCUUGAGCGUGGCUGCCCUGUCCUACAACUUGUGGUUCCGGUGCCUCUCCUGUGUGGACAUGAAGCUGAGCCUCGAGGUCUCAGAACAGAUUGUGCACAUGAUGAGCCAGUCGUCCCACCUGGAGGAGCUGGUGCUGGAGACCUGUGGCCUGAGGGGAGACUUUGUCCGGCGGCUGGCCCAGGCAAUGGCAGGGAACUCGAGCUCUGGGCUGCAGGAGCUCAGCCUGGCAGGGAACCUACUGGAUGACCGAGGCAUGGCUGCACUCAGCAGAUACCUAGAACAGCGUCCGGAAGCCCUGAGGAGACUUAGUCUAUCACAGACGGGGCUCACGCCUCGAGGGCUGAGGGCCCUGGGUCGGGCACUGGCCACCAACGUGGCCUUCGAUUCUGUCCUGACCCACCUGGACCUUUCUGCAAACCCUGGGGCUCUGGGGCCCUCAGAAGACAAUGGGGGCUUCUAUAGUUUCCUGAGUCGUCCUAAUGUUCUGAAGUUUCUCAAUCUCUCAGGCACCGAAACGGCUCUGGACACUCUCUUUGCAGCGCUGUCCCACGGCUGCUGCACCAGCCUUAUUCACCUCAACGCUUCGAGGAACGUCUUCUCCCGCACGAAGUCCAGGGCUGCACCGGCUGCGCUGCAGCUGUUCCUCAGUCGCACGGGGGCGCUGCAACACCUGGGCCUGGCGGGCUGCAAGCUGCCGCCCGAAGCUCUCAGAGCCCUGUUGGAAGGCCUCGCGUUCAACACGCACAUAAGAGAUCUGCACCUGGACCUCAGCGCUUGUGAGCUGCGCACCGCAGGCGCUCAGGUGAUACAAGACUUGGUGUGCGACGCGGGCGCCUUGAGUUCCCUGGAUCUGGGGGACAAUGGCUUCGGCUCAGACAUGGUGACUCUAGUGCUGGCCAUCGGGAGAAGCCAGUCCCUACGACAUGUGGCGCUUGGGAGGAACUUCAACGUCCGGUGCAAGGAGACCCUGGACGACGUCCUGCACCGGAUUGUCCAGCUCAUGCAGGACGACGACUGUCCCCUGCAGUCUCUGUCUGUAGCUGAGUCGCGGCUGAAGCUGGGCGCCAGCGUCCUGCUCCGGGCCCUGGGCACCAACCCUAACCUGACAGCGCUGGAUAUCAGCGGAAAUGCCAUGGGGGACGCUGGUGCCAAGAUGCUAGCCAAGGCGCUGCGGGUCAACACUAGGCUCCGGUCUGUAGUCUGGGACCGGAACCACACGUCUGCGCUGGGCCUGCUGGACGUGGCGCAGGCCUUGGAGCAGAACCGCAGCCUGAAGGCCAUGCCUCUGCCACUGCAAGAUGUGGCCCAGGCGCAGCGCAGCCGCCCAGAGCUGACUGCACGUGCAGUGCACCAGAUCCAGGCUUGUCUCUUGAGGAACAACCGCACAGACCCCGCCUCUUCUGAUCGCGCCUCCCGCCUGCAGCCACUGGGUCUGGUCUCAAACCCCUCGGAGCAGGAAGUGAAUGAACUAUGUCAGUCGAUGCAGGAGCAUGUGGAGCUGCUGGGCUGCGGGGCUGGACCCCAGGGUGAAGCUGCUGUGCGCCAGGCUGAAGAUGCCAUCCGCAACGCCAACUUCUCUCUCAGCGUUCUCCCCAUUCUAUAUGAGGCUGGGAGCUCCCCAAGUCAUCGCUGGCAGCUGCAGCAGAAGCUGGAGGUCCUGCUAGGACAGGUGGGCGAGGUCUGCCGCCAGGACAUCCAGGACUUUACUCAGUCCACGCUGGAUACAAUGAGAAGCCUCAGCCCACGGAUGCUGCAGGGACCUGGCUGGAGGGAGCAGCUAGAAGGGGUCCUGGCAGGCUCAAGGGGCCUCCCAGAGCUGCUCCCAGAGCAACUACUGCAAGAUGCCUUCACUAGGCUCAGGGACAUGCGGCUGUCGGUCACAGGGACCUUGGCAGAUAGCAUUGUGGCUCAAGCUCUGGCGGGUUUGAAUGCAGCCCGAGAUCGGCUGGUGGAGAGUUUGGCUCAGCAGACACUAGUGGCAUUGCCCCCUGCCUUAACAGCAUUGGAUGGAGGCGAGCCCAGCCCCCUUGAGCCUGGGGAACUGGAAGGCCUUUUUUUCCCGGAGGAGGAGGAGGGGCAGAAUGACAGUCCUCCACGGAAAUGGCCUGAGUCCAGCCAUUGUCUUUGCCUAGUCCCCUCCACACACAGUGCUGCUGAGGAAGCGGAGCCGGAACCGGAGCCCGAGCUGGCGGCUCCGGGAGAAGAUGCAGAGCCGCAGGCUGGGCCGUCCGCUCGCGGUUCUCCGAGCCCGGCUGCCCAGGCCGGCCUGCUGCCUCGCAUGGACCUGCCACCUGCCGGGCAGCCCCUGCGCCAUCCGACCCGGGCCCGGCCCCGGCCGCGCCGCCAGCACCACCACCGCCCGCCACCGGGGGGCCCCCAGGUACCCCCAGCCCUGCCACAGGAAGGGAAUGGGCUCAGUGCCCGCGUGGAUGAGGGUGUGGAGGAAUUCUUCUCCAAAAGGCUGAUACACCAAGAUCAUCUCUGGACCCCAGAGGAGGAUCCAGCCACCGAGGGGGGUACCACCCCUGUCCCCCGCACACUGCGAAAGAAGCUGGGCACCCUCUUUGCCUUCAAGAAGCCUCGUUCAGCACGAGGGCCACGGCCUGACCUAGAGACCAGCCCUGGGGCAGCUCCCCGCAGCCGGAAAGCCACACUUGGGGACCUGCUGAGGCCCCCAGCGCGGCCAGGCCGUGGUGAGGAGCCUGGUGGGGCUGAGGGGGGCACUAGCAGCCCUGACCCUGCUCACAGGAACAGGCCACGCUACACACGAGAUAGCAAGGCCUACUCAAUGAUACUGUUGCCUGCCGAGGAGGAGGAGGAAGCAGCGUUGGGUGUCAGACCUGACAAGAGGCGGCCCCUGGAGCGGGGAGACACAGAGCUGGCCCCAUCCUUUGAACAGCGGGUACAAGUGAUGCUGCAGAGGAUUGGCGUGAGCCGAGGCAGUGGGGGUGCUGAAGGCAAGAGGAAGCAAAGCAAAGAUGGAGAGAUCAAGAAGGCUGGCUCGGAUGGUGACAUUAUGGACAGCUCCACGGAGACCCCUCCCAUCUCGAUCAAGUCUCGGACCCACUCUGUGUCUGCUGACCCCUCAUGCAGACAUAGCCCAGGAAGCCAGGGGCCUGAGCCUGCCGUCUGGAAGACUCUGGGGCAGCAAUUGAAUGCAGAGCUGCGGGGUCGUGGUUGGGGCCAACAGGAUGGUCCAGGGCCCCCCUCCCCAUGUCCUACCCCAAGCCCCCGAAGAGCCAGCCCCUCCCCAGACAGCCUGGGCCUCCCAGAGGACCCUUGCUUGGGCCCCAGAAAUGAAGAGCUGCCCCUGAGGCUGCAGCGCUCCCCCGUCCUCAAGCGCAGGCCGAAACUCGAGGCACCCCCAUCCCCAAGCCUAGGACCCGGGCCUGGAGCCGAGCCUCUGCCCCCACAGCCCACGGAGCCCUCCAGCCCUGAGCAGAGCCUACCCUCCCCAGCCACAGACCAAAGAGGCGGCGGUCCCAACCCCUGA